AUGGGAUGUCAAACUUCAGCAGAAUUACAAGCCUCCCAAAUUAUGCUGGAAGACGGAGACGAAAAAGUAGUCGACCGAAAUUCCGAAAAAGAUCCCGCAGGAUUUGGUCAAACUGGGCAGAGUGAAACAUCAAAAGAAAUUACUUUUCUUUUUCUCGGAAUUUCAGAAAGCGGAAAAACUACAAUUUACAAAAUGUUAAGAAAUGUUUUUACAGCCGAGACGGGUCCCCCGAGUAUGAGCGAGAAGCAAAUGAUUUUGAAAGAUAUCAAGAAGUAUGUCUUCGAGAGCCUUAUUUCCGUCAUUAAAGCCAUGAAAAGUAGCGACAUUGAUUUCGAGCGAGGAUCCAACCAAGAUACAGCUACGAAGCUACUUCAACUGCGACCAGAAAGUUUUGAGAGUAGUCUAACGUCUCUAGCAGGUCAAAUGUGUGGACUCUGGAAUGACCGCGGUUUCAUAAGGGCAUAUCGGAUGCUAGACGACAAGAAACCUUUUUGGAACCUCCCUUAUUAUAUCGACAAGCUGACCGAGAUCACAGGAGCAGAGCCUCCAGCAGACGAAAACAACGUCGACACUGAUUACGGAUUCGUGCCAAGCGAUCAAGACAUGUCGCGGAUCCACGCCUCGACAAUCAGCAUCCACUCUGAGAAGGUGACUGUGAGGGGCAUCUACCAGUGUCGGCUGGUGGACGUGGGGGGACUGCGGGAGGAGAGGACGACCAAGUGGGCCCAGUGCUUCCGCAACACAAGUGCAGUCAUGUAUGUCAUCGACUGCAGUGCAUUCGACAUAAACCUCGCCGAGGACUCAAAUAAGAACAGACUGCUCGAAUCCUUAGAGUGCUUUGAACUGCUAGUGAGCAACCGGUUCCUCCAAGGACUCUCUUUUGUCCUAUUUCUCAACAAGCAGGACGUCCUACUAGAGAAGAUUUGCAAGCUGAACAAACGCAUCUACUCUCGCUCCACUGGCUUCGUCGGCUACUCGGGCUUCAAAUUAGACGAGGAGGAAGAGAAAGAAAUUGAAAAAGUAAUAACAUUUGAAGUGAUCGGCAUGGCUGGAUUAACUGCCAAAUUCAUCGAAUAUCCAGUGGAAGACCUAACCGAAUACUUUAAAACACGCGCUUUCAUCAAACACAUGUUCGAGACAGUUUUCGACUCAGUUCGCGACUUAGCAGCUCUGCGACUGGACUCGGCAAACGAAUUGGGCAAAAUAAUCGGAGCCAGUUCGCCCCCCUCGCCCUUCUUCAGGAAAAACAGAACUUACCAGAGAAGUAGGAGAGGUCACGUGUUUCCAUACUACAUAGUGGCAGUUGAACCCGACUCAGUGGCUAAAAUUUUCCCGGACGCUGUCAGUAAUAUUUUGAAGGAGUAUGUCCACAACGCAAAACUUUUAUAG